CCUUAGGAAGUCCCUGCUCGGAAACCUGACACACAGAUCUGGAAAGGUGAGUUAUCUACGCUAGAGCCUGGGCCUCUCGUCCUCUCGUCCUCGCGUCCCGUGACUGAUAGCCCUCCGACGAGUGAGACUGGGACCUCAAUCCCGCGGGGCGUCUCACCAGUGGUAGGGGACCACCCCGUGGCGUUAGCGGCGUUGGCGUGACCCCAAUUUCCGCCGUCAUCCUGUCAUCAUGGACGUCGACACGGUUCUGACUGAUUUUGAAGGCAGCCAACCCGACGAGUUGAUCACCUUCUUCUCGACGCUGGCCAACAAUGUGGAGAUGCAGAACGCGCUCUUCAGCGCGGUCAAUGACGAGCGCAUCCUCGAGAGUGGCCAGAGUCAGCUCUUGACCCGUCUGUUGACGCUCCUGCUAGCUUGGCACCGAACCAGCGGCAGUCCAGGCGCACCCGUUGAGAAGCAUGCGCCAGUAUGUUGGCAAUAUGUGCCUCCUUUGGUGGCGCUCUAUUUGAUAGCGCGUCAGUCGGUGAGCCUGCGGGCGCAGGCUGGGCGUACCAUCGAAGCUAGCCUACUCACUCUGUAUCAUGCGGAACUCAUUGACCGGGCUGGUGAGCCCACCACAUCCAACGUUCAAAUUGGUUCCUUAGCCCAAAGUUCCUUGUACCAUGAUGGCGCUCGCGUGGAGCAUGCGUCCGAAAACCUGCCUGCCGGUGUGCCCGGCGGUUUGACCUUUAAACUGCCCAUCCAUCCCGCCCUAGGGAGCCGAGUCACGGCCCUGAGUCGUUGGCUCUUAAUCGAAGGACUGUAUCGGGUGUUCAAUGGAGUGUUGGCCGAUCUGUCCAAGGUGGGGGUGGAACAGUUUGCCCGUAACACGUUGCGGUUACUGCAACGGGGCGGUGGCAAUCCAGUUGCCGCGGCCAAAGACAAAGGCGUGGUGCGAGUAAUUCUGAACGGACCCGUUUUGCAAGAAAUGUUGUACGGCGCCUACUUCUGCAUUUACAAUGGCUUUCAAACCCUCGGUACUCAAAUGGUCGAGGCCAUUCGCCAACGGGGCUGCGCCAUGGCCUCGCCCGAGCUUCUUCUCACUGUCAACGCCAUCCGGACGCUCGUCUUAACCUCGGGUCCGAGUCAAUUGCCUUCGGCUACUUCCAUAACGACCCCGAGUCAGAUCGCCAAAAAUAUGAUCACCAACGCUUCAUUCCGAGCCAAGAAAAUGGGCGACGAUAUCCCCAAAGUUGAAGGCGACCCGGUUCAUCCGCCGGAUCCGCAUACUGACAUGGCCCACAAACUAGCCAACAUGACUUCGAUCACCGAGGAGCUCACCGAAGAGGUCAUCGAGAAGAAGAUCAGUGGCCAGCCCGCCCCCGUAACGGGUGAAGCAGCGAAGACUCCCAAGGACAAGAUUAAGGCUAAGCUGUCAAAUAUCAACACGGGCAUUCUGAACCUGAAACGUCUAUCAGAGAGCGAUCGUGACUCCGACCACCGAUCAAGCAAGCAGCUGGGCAUGGAAUUGAAGAAGAUGGACAAGCAAAAGGGUGGAUCUUCGCUCUCCGGAUCGACCGGGGCUGGCUCGGCAGCGGGUGGUAUGCCCUCCGAUGCGGCGAGCGAGACCAGUUCCAACGCGGGAAUGAGUAAGAAAGAGAAGAAAUCGGCCAAAGAGAAAAACGCGCCCAAAUCCUCCGUGGAGCGAUCCUCGGGCAACAACUCGGAAAUCGAUUCCAUCGAGCAGAUUGAGGCCCUUAUCCAAAAGGGACGCGUACCAGCCGAAACUGUCACUAUUCAUAGUCCUGAGAGUGGGACUACCAUAUUUUAGUCAGAUGAUAUCAUAAUGGCUAGCUUCCGCCAUCAUGUACUACACUUCACCGACCCCCGUUGUUACAUCAUUCAUUCAUUAUUCAUAGUCGUUGUCUUGUCAUUUGGGCUUUAUAGUUUUACCGCUAACUAUCAUCGAUAUCAAUGCAUCCAACAAUCACGAGUCCAAUAAAUUAGCGCUCAUGGUCCCCCA